AUGUUCAACAGUACUGGAGGUCAAUCAGGCCCUUCAAAAGGUGUUCGUUUGAGCUUUUUAACGCAAACAGAUCAAUCUAAAUUCGAGCAAUUGUUUGCUCAAAGUGCCGCUGCUUAUGGUGGAAACAAGAUUCCCGCCAACGCGGUUAGUGAGCUGCUUCGACGAUCGAAUCUCGAUAAUGAUUCCUUGGCAAAAAUUUGGGAUCUUGCUUCCAUUGCAAAUGCUCCUUUCUUGACCUUUCCUGAAUUUGCAGUUGCCAUGUUCUUGACUUCAAAAAAGCUAACAGGACAAACUCUUCCUGCUGCCCUUCCCCCCAAUGUACGAGAGGAAACAGAAAUUGCCAUGGCAACCAUCGCCUCCACUGAGACCAGUCAGCUCUCGCAACAGCUUGUCAAUGUGAGCAUCCCUCCUCAACAGCAGCAGCAGUUUAUGAAUCGCCCUAUGAUGACUGGAAUGCAACAGCAACCACAAAUGGCCGGCAUGCUGCCUCAAAUGACUGGCAUGCCAUCUCAAGUGCCCAUGAUGACAGGUAUGCCUAUGCAGAAUCAAUUCAGGGCUACGCCUCCACCUGUACCUCAAUUACCUAUGCAAACCGGCUUUUCCAACUAUCAAGCACCAAUGCAAACAGGUUUUCAACCAUCAAUGCCACCACCUCCCGCUGCCAACAAACCUCGUCUUCAAAACCUAGAGUUCGCUAAAAAGAUGAUGCCCAACCAAAACGGUGUCACCAAUCUGCUCAAUCCUAGUCUGGGCACCACAGACGCUAACCGAUUAUCAUGGAAAAUCAGCCCUGAAGACAAGCAGCGAUAUCGCGAGAUUUUCAAUGCAUGGGAGGGCUCAGGAUCUGGAUUCAUGUCUGGAGAUACCGCAAAGGAUGUGUUGACUCAAUCUCAAUUGCCUCCUGCCGACUUGAUGAAGAUUUGGAACCUGGCAGACAGUGAGAACAGAGGCAGUCUGGAUAUUGAUGAAUUCUCUAUCGCCAUGCAUUUGGUAUAUCGCAAAUUGAAUGGAUUCGAGAUCCCCUCCGUGUUGCCUGCUGAGCUCAAGCCUCCUUCCAGCUUGCUCAAGAAGUUUGUCUUGGGUCGCCGUCCUCCACCUUCCACGCCAUCUUUUGGCAGUAACUCUCGUCAGCAGCAACAAGAAGAUGAUGAUGACGAUUAUUCGCCUUACAACAGCAAUCAACGUGAUUAUGUCUCCAGUUCUCGUAGAAAGGGUCCUCAAUCUGCCAGUGCUAGAUCCUAUUCUUCUCGCUACAAUGACCAUGACGACGAUGAAGUAGAUGUUGCCAUUCUAGAGGAUCUGCGUCGUCAAAUCUCUGAAACCAAACGUACCUUGGAUCGUAUGCCCAAACCCAGCUCCUAUGCCAACAGCAACUCUUACAGUGGUAGUAACAAAUACUCUUUGGAAGAGCUCAAAGAAAAGAUCAGACGUACACAAGACGACCUCAACCACGCCUCCCGCAACAAUGCUGCCUCUAUCAAAUAUGCCGAGAAUGCUGAAACAUUGAUGGGAUUGCUCGAAACACAGAAAUCACUUCAAGAUGAGAUCCAGUACUUGUGCAACCGAGAUAUCCCCGUAUUAGCUCGUCAAUUGCGUGGAUCAGCUGCUGAAUUAAGAGAUGCCAAGGUUCGCCACUCUCGAAAGAACGACGGCACACAGGAUUUCAUGGCUUUUAUUCAACCUACGGGUCCUGGUGGAUCCAUCACGGAGAGUGAUCGUGUGCGUGCCAAGGCCAAGGCCAUGAUGGCUGCUCGUAAAGCGGGUAACAGUGGGUCCAGCACGGAUGCUGGUUUCGGUCUUCGUCGUGCAGAGGAAGAAAAGGAGGAGGCUGAUCGCAAAGCAGAUGCCAUUGAGCGUGAGAUGGAAAAGUCGAGAACCGCUUUAUUGGAUAUGCGUGGUGACCUCAAGUACUUGGAGGACAUGAUUGCGUCUAAAGAUUUGGAAGACAAGAAACGAUUUGAAAAUGGGCAGGAUCUCUCUUACGAAUUGCGUCGUUUCAUUGAGCAGUUGGAUAGCAGAAGCUCAGAUUAUGCGUCGUCAACUUACAUGCCUCGUCAAACUAACAACACCGCAAUGAGAUCCAUUGGUGGUGGAGCAUCUACUACUGGCAGUGGUUAUCAAAGUCCUGCUUCCGUUUCCAGCCCAUCUCUUAGUAGCACUUCAAGUCCUAAGCCCAAGGCCACACCUGCUCGCCCUCGUACAGCUGAAGAAAUCAAGAAGGAAGCUGAGCGUCGUGUACAAGAGCGUUUGGCUGCUAUUCAGGCUAGAAGAAAUCCAGGUAGCUCUCCUAAGCCUGCUGCUGUCUCCUCUCCUUCGCCUGCCGCGCCACCGGUCAGUAAACCCAAUGAAGCUGAAGAAGCCGCUCAACAACGACUUCGUGAUGCUGAGCGUGAAGCACAAGAUAUGUUGCGUGCCUCUGUCAGUCAAAGAGAGGAGAACGAUCGUAAGAACAGAGAGGCUGAACUGGAGCGUAUCCGUGAAGGCGAAAGACUGGAACGUCAACGUUUAGAUGACUUGGAAAAGGAACAAGCUGAAAAGGCGCGUCGUCAAGCCGAAGAGGAGCAAAAUGAAGAAGCGAGACGUUUGGAGGAGGAGCGUGAUAUGGAAGAAAGAAGAAGACAAGUCUUGGCCAAGGAGGAAGCAGAUAGACAAGCUCGCUUUGAUGCUAUUAGACGCGAGGAAGAAGCUGCCGAAGCUGCCAAGAAAUUGGAGCAUAAACCUGAGGAAGCAUCUCCUUCAGUAGUAUCACCCCCACCUCCACCUCCACCUGCUUCAAUUCCAGAAGCACCAAGUGCUAGUACAAGCAGCAAUAAUCCCUUUGCAAAGAUCCAACAAUCCACCACCACCCCUACCACCGCCCCUUCAGUGCCUUCGCCUUCAGGUUCUUCUCAGGCAGAAAAACCCAACGAGCCUUCCAACAAGCGUGUCAGUUAUAAUCCAUUUGCUGCAUUCUCUGCAUUCUCUGCUACAAAGGGUGGUGCUAAAGAAGAUAGCGAUUCCGAAGAUGAUGAUGGUUGGGAUGGCCACGACGAUUCAGACGAUGAAAAUGAGUUCCCCGCUGCUGGUAGUGCUAAAAAUUUAGCUGGCAUGCUUUUCAGUGCCAUGAGCAAGCGAGGCGGUGGUAAUUUAGACUCUGUGUCUGAAUCGGGUGCAUCACCCAAGCCUGACGAAGUAGACUUUUCAACACCUGUCAAUAUCCCAGCUACUCCUCCCGUUGCACUUGGUAGUAAUAAUGAUGCUAUUCCUCCUCCUCCACCUCCUCCUCCACCAGCACAGCCUGCUAUUGAAGGCAGUGUUCCCCCACCACCUCCUCCUGCUCCACCUGCUCCAGCUCAACCUAUGGCAGCUACAAGUAGCCCACAACAACAACCAUUCGCUGCUGGCGGCGGCGAUAUAAGAAGUGCUUUAUUGAGUCAAAUUCAAUCUGGCACUAGAUUAAAGAAGGCUGUGACAAAUGACCGUAGUGCAUCAUCCAUUGCUGGACAUGUCCUUGAAAGUUCAGGAGAGUCAGCAGCCGCAGCACCACCACCACCAGCUUCUACAACGCCUGUUCAGCCUGUACCUGCCGCUGAAGAGUUUGCUGCUCCAAUUCCAGUUGCUGCUCCUUUGUCUAGUGGUAGCUUCUUGGCCGAAUUACAGUCUCGUACAGGUGGAUCAAGCCCUGCAGUUGAAUCUACCGUUGUUCCCACUGCUGAUACACAACAAUCGAUUCCUGCCGCCGCAGAGUCUGCUGUUCAUCAAACUCCUGCUCAUGAUGAAUCAUUGCCCGAACAUGAAUAUAUUGCAUUAUGGGACUACCCAGGAUCAGGUCCUGACGAUUUGACUUUUACUCAAGACGAAGUGAUCCUUGUUCGUGAUGCUAAUGAAAAUGAAGAUUGGUGGUUUGGUACCUCAGAAGCUUCAAAAAAGACUGGUUACUUUCCUAGAAACUAUGUACAGCUUAAACCCGAAGCUGUACCAGAAUUAAAUAUCAAGGCAAAGGCUCUUUACGAUUUUGAAGGCCCAGCUGGACAAGGCUGUUUGGAUGUGAAGAUGGGAGAGUCCAUCACUAUUCUUGUAAAGGAAAAUGAUGACUGGUGGAAAGCUAGAUCAGAGGAUGGUUCUCGUGAAGGUUUAGUACCUGCAAAUUAUCUUGAACAGAUUUAA